AUGGCGGCCUUAGGCGGCGUUUUCGAUAACGCGCCUCGCGAAGUCAAGGAAUACAUUUCCAACGGACCCGCUAAGGUCAAGCAAUGGCUUCAAAGCAACCUGGGAAACCGCUCCCGUGCCCGCGACCGCGACCGCGACCGCGACGCAAAGAUCCGGGAACUGGAGGAAGAAAACACAAGGCUUAAAGAGCAGGCUGAGGAGAGGGCCCAGCAGCAGGCUGAGAAGCAGACUGAGGAGAUCAGACGGCAGGCCGAGGAGAACCAGAACUUGCGGGCCGAGCUUGACAAACUGCGCCAGAGCAAGAAGAAAAGUACAGCCGGGACCAGUGAGCAGACUGAGCAACAUACCGAGAACAUCGAGAGACAGCUAGCAAAACAGCACGCCAAAGAGAUCGAGAAUGUCCGGGCCAAGCUAGCCAAGAAGAUAGAGGAAUUAGAGGCCGAAAAGGAACGGCUCAAACAAGAGGCUGAAAAGGCCAAGAGACAGGCUAAACUUGAGCUUCGCCAACGGAAUACGGCCGGGACUGCUAACUAUCGACUUAGAUGCAGUCUCUGGGGCACCUGCAUCGGGCCCUUCGCCAUCUUCGGCUGCGUCAUCGACGGCGAGCAGCGAGCAAGAGAGUAG